GCAACAGUAUCGCUUAUAAAAACCAUGUAGCGUUUUUUCUUUUUCAUUUUAAUGCUCUCGUUCUUUUUUCUCUCUGAUCGCUCUGAAAUUUUCUCGUCUUCGAAAUCCGAAGUCAUGAGAGGACCGAGAACUGCUGUGAUUGCUCACAAGAAGCUCGAUGCAGAGAAGUUGAAGGCACCAAAAGCCGAGACCAAAACGUCAAAGGAGAAAAGGAGCAAGAAGAAGUCUGCUCCAAAAGAUCCUGACGCUCCAAAGCGUCCUCCCAGUGCUUUUUUCGUCUUCAUGGAGGAGUUCAGGAAAUCAUUCAAAGAAAACUUUCCUGAAAACAAAUCUGUUUCAACUGUAGUGAAAGCUGGUAGUGUGAAAUGGAAAUCAAUGUCUGAUUCAGACAAAGCUCCAUAUGCUGAGAAGGCCUUGAAGAAGAAAGCAGAGUAUGAGAAAGCUGUUGACGCAUACGAGAAGAAGCAUAAGCAUAAUAAUAGUGGAGACAAUGAGGAAUCUGAUAAAUCCACUUCUGAGAUCCACGAUGAUGCUGAGCAGGAAGCCAGCUCGUAGAGAAAUAUAAGGUUGGGCUUUGGAGCUGGUGUGGUGUGCACAGACAACAGAGGCGUACAGGGAAGAAAGUGGUAAAUGCAUCAUGUUGGACAGCUUUUUAGGAGUGGAGUUUAAUCAAUAUAAUGUUUUAGCGUAUCGGUAGCAUUUUGAUUUUGCUGACCUAGCAUCCUUAGUCCAGUUGCUUGUUUGUUCCCUUCAACUUGAUACGCUUUCGAAUCUGUGAAGUUUUCCCUGUUAAUGAAGGUAAGGGAAACUGGAACAAAUUUUAUAAGAUUGGGUGCCUUGUAGAAAUGGA